AUGGGCAUGAGGAUCAAACUACACAGCACCAAUCACCCCAACAAUUUACUGAAGGAGCUCAACAAGUGCAGGCUCUCAGAGACCAUGUGUGAUGUUACCAUUGUGGUAGGAAGCCGCUCAUUCCCAGCUCACAAGGCUGUCCUUGCCUGUGCAGCAGGUUACUUCCAGAACCUUUUCCUGAAUGCAGGGCUAGAUGCUGCCAGGACCUAUGUAGUAGACUUUAUCACUCCAGCCAACUUUGAGAAAAUCUUGAGCUUUGUGUACACGUCAGAACUCUUCACUGACUUGAUUAAUGUGGGCGUCAUCUAUGAGGUAGCUGAGCGUCUGGGCAUGGAAGACCUCCUUAGGGCUUGCCACUCCACUUUCCCUGACCUGGAGAGCACAGUUGUGACUAAGCCCUCAACCAGCUCCAGUGAAGGCCGAUCUAGCACCCAAAGCAGCACUUCAGCAGAACCAGCUCAUUCCCUUGGAGAACUCCGGAGUGUUGGAGACCAGUUUGGUCCUGACAGGAACUACAUCUUACACAGUGAUGUUGGGUUAAGCUAUAAAGAGGAGAGGAAUCCUUCCAGUGACAACCAUGGUCUGCCUUUGUUACACCAGCCACCCCCACCUAAGGCAGAAGAGCAUGAUGCCCCUGGCCCAUUCUCUUCAGUCACUAGUAUGGUAGCUCAGCCAGGCCUUGGAACCCUCGGUAUAGGCACAUCAACUAACUCAAGCUCCUUCCAGCCUUUCAAAAUUCAGAGCAAUGGGGACUUUGUCAAAAAUAGCUACUUUUCCCCUGAUAACCCUUUGGAUAUCUCCACUGGGAGUAACUCCUGUCCAAGCAAUAGUGACCACUCCAAAGAUCAGGGCUUUGGACAAAUGGAUGAGCUGCAGUUGGAGGAACUUGGGGAAGAUGACCUGCAGUUCGAAGAUCCUGGAGAAGACCUAGUUCCAACAGAUGAAGUGAUAGAGUUGAGUGACGACAGUGAGGAGGAGUUAACAUUUGGAGAGAACGAAACCCGGGAGAGUAAGGCCAUGCCCUGCCAGGUGUGCAAGAAAGUGCUGGAGCCCAACAUUCAGCUGAUCCGGCAGCAUGCUCGGGACCAUGUAGACCUGCUGACAGGCAACUGCAAGGUCUGUGAGACCCACUUCCAAGACCGAAACUCAAGGGUUACCCAUGUCCUGUCUCACAUUGGCAUUUUUCUCUUCUCCUGUGAUAUGUGUGAAACCAAAUUCUUCACCCAGUGGCAGCUGACCCUUCACCGAAGGGAUGGAGUAUUUGAUAACAAUAUUAUUGUUCAUCCUAGUGAUCCACUGCCUGGGAAGCUUGGUCUUUUUGUUGGGGGGACUAGCCCAGAGCUCAAAUGUGCUGCUUGUGGGAAGGUGCUGGUCAGAGAUUUCCACAUGGUCCGGGGCCACAUUCUAGACCAUUUAAACUUGAAGGGCCAAGCCUGUAGUGUUUGUGACCAGCGUCACCUCAGUCUCUGCAGCCUCAUGUGGCACACACUUUCUCACCUGGGCAUUUCUGUCUUUUCAUGCUCUGUCUGUGCCAACAGCUUUGUAGACCGGCACCUUUUAGAGAAGCACAUGGCUGUUCACCAGAGCCUGGAAGAUACGCUCUUCCACUGCCACUUCUGCAGCCAGAGCUUCAAGUCAGAGGCUGCAUACCGAUACCACGUUAGCCAACACAAGUGUAGUGGAGGCAGCAGCCUUGAUUCCAGACCUGGUUUUGGAGAUCGAUUACAGCAUCCAGCUUUCCAGAAGCGGAAAUUGCCAUCAGAUGAGUUCCUGAAUGAGGAACUAGCCCUCCAGAGCCAGUCUGGGAAUAGCAAGUAUAGUUGCAAGGUGUGCGGCAAGAGGUUUGCCCACACAAGUGAGUUCAACUACCAUCGGCGAAUACACACAGGAGAAAAGCCCUACCAGUGCAAGGUGUGCCAUAAAUUCUUCCGUGGCCGUUCAACCAUUAAAUGCCAUUUGAAGACACACUCGGGUGCCCUCAUGUACCGCUGUACAGUCUGUGGCCACUACAGCUCUACUCUCAAUCUCAUGAGCAAGCACAUAACUGUGCAUAAGGGCAGCCUUCCACCUGACUUCACCAUUGAGCAGACAUUCAUGUACAUUAUCCAUUCCAAAGAGGCGGAGAAGAACCUGGACAGCUGAUUGGGCUACAUUAGACCUGAGGGCUUGGUCCCAAAAAGUAGCCAGGAUGUUGCUUUUCCAAUGGCCUGUUGGCCCCUGACUGAAGUUACAUUUUGCCUUGCUAGGAA